CAAACGCUCCAACUCUCCGCAUCUUCUCUCUCCGCCGCCGCCGGGGAGUCCGGGUCAGUAAAGCGAACCCAUCCGGUCCGAGGAGCCGCUCCCUCUCUCCUCCCUCCUUCUCUCCCUCUCUCUCUCUCUCUCUGUCCAAACUUUGGAGAGCGUUGCGCGGCGGUCAGGCGCAGUGAGGAUCUGUGGAGACCUGGUCUGAGUCUGAGAAAAGUUUGGAGCAAAGAGAAGAGAAAGUUUCCUGAGAGUUUGAGGAGCGGGAGAAUGACCGUGCGGGGGGAGCAGCUGCCGCUGCACUGAGAACAUGGAGUCCAGUACAGGAGGAAGGUGGAGGCUCCGUCACAUCGUCCCAGUCCUGCUGCUGUGGAUGACUCUGCACAGACACGUUCUGGGCUGCAGCUCUACAAACUGUAACCUGGUGUUGACGGAGGCCGAGGGGGAAAUCACGUCUCCCUGCUACCCCAAGAAAUACCCCAAUUCACAGUCCUGUAAGUGGAUCAUACAGGCCCCUGCUGGCUUCAUCAUCCAGCUCUCUUUCCUGGACUUUGAGCUGGAGGAGGCACCAGGCUGCAUCUACGACCAGGUUGUGGUGAACACAGGCAGCACCGAUGUUAAGUUCUGCGGUCUGACGGCCAACGGGCUGACGCUAAACUCGACGGGGAACGUGAUGGAGCUGUCCUUUACCUCUGACUUCAGUGUGCAGAAGAAGGGGUUCAGUGUUAGCUUUCAACACGUCGCUGUGGCUCUGAGGAACCAGAAAGUCAAGAUAACCAGUGGUAACAACCAGGUCACCACGGUCGCCAGCUCUGUUUCCAUACCUGUGCUCAGUCACCUGACCCUGUGCUUUGAGGUGGAACGUACCCAGGAUAAACAGAAAGAGUGGCUCCUCACCUACUAUGACAGUAGUGGAAACGUGGUGCUGAGUUUAGGCUCCGAUUCAGGCAGCAUGACAAUGAUCGUUGAUGGGGUGUCGUGCCCGAUCGGCUCCAUCAUCUCCACCAGUGACUUCACUUCUACCAUGAAAUCUUUCUGUGUGCUCUGGACGUCAUCAAACGGCCGAGUGGCGGUUUACUUCAGUCGAAACUACUGGUCCAAGACCUGCUCUGCCUCCGUAGGCCACUCAGUGCCAACUGGUGGACAGUUCCGCUUAGGAGGGCAGCACGCCUUCGAGGGGAACAUCUAUAACGUCCGGCUGUGGGAUUAUGUCAUGACAGUGCAGCAGCUCGAAGCAUUAACCUGCAACACGGUGGGGAAUAUCAUCGACUGGGACAACAGCCACUGGAGCAUCCCGUCCUCUGUGGCCCAGACCGACGCCACACUCAGCUGCAUCUGCUACCCUAACUGCAUUCACUUAACUACUGCUGCGCCAACUAGUGGUGUCACCCCGCCCACCAGCACACCUCUCACCACCACCUGUGACUCCCAAGGACUGGGCUGCCCAGCCGCUUCCUCUCCUGCCACCUCAUCCACUGACUCCACUAACACCAUCCAUACUACUAAUGCCAACACCCACGCCCUCUCUCCCAUCACUACAUCUCCAUCCACCAUCCCUACCACUAGCAUGCCUCUAACCCCAUCCACCACCACCACCACCACUACCAGCACAACCAGCUCCUCCACCACUGUUCUGCCUACCACUACCAUCACCAUCACCACCAGCCCUGCUACCUCUGCAUCUCCUGCCACUAACGCUGCUUCAGCCAGCAGUACAGCACAUGCCCAACAGACAACCAGCAGCACAGCAGCUGUUCCAUCUGCUACCACUAACAACCCAGCUACUAACCCCACCACGCAUGUUACAGGAACGACUCCUCUGCUGCUGUCAGUAACUACUAACCAACCAGCCACUAACAUAGCUACUACUGCUGCUUCCUCUCAGGAGGAGUUGUACUACCGCAUUUCAUUUGUGGUGGAUGUUGGGGGCUCGGAUCUGAAGCAGCAGGAUGUGGAGCGAGCUGUGGCUCAAUGGCUUAAUCAGACGUUUCAGGGCUGGACUGAAGUUACAGUCACUGUGGAUAACGUCAGUGUCCAGAGAGGAGCUAACCCGCCAAGUUACCGUUGUCAGGCUCUGCUGACACAUUACUACAUCACCAAUGAAAGUAUGAUUGAAGCUGCCAUCUCUGCCAGGCUGAACAACAGAAAGGGUUUCAUAGGUUCUGAACUACAGAUCCAGCCCUCCUCCAUGAAUGUCAGCUUAAUUGAAAACUGUCCAAAGGAGAAUAAUCUUCACUACCUCUGGCCUGAGAGCAGACCCACUGUCACCCGGGCCCUGCCCUGCUUCCCCAACAAGGACCAGUGGGCAUCCAGGACCUGUUCGCUCAAUCGACAGAACUACUCAUCCCACUGGUUAGCUCCAGACCUCAGUAACUGCACGGACAUCAAGACCAUCGAGGUGUCAGCAGAGAAUGCAGCGGAGGUGGCGGAGCAGCUCGCCAACAUCACCGAGAACAACCUGUCCGACGAGGAGGUGUCCAAAGUGGUGACCAAGGUUAAAGAGCUGGUGAAUGUGGCCAAGAUCAACACCACCUUAGCCUCCACCGUCGUCACCAUCAUCUCCAAUGUCAUGAACAGCACGACGACGACGAACCUCACCACCUCUGAGAAAGCUCUGAAGAUGGUGGAUGAACUGGUUCAGAAGAUCGAGUUUGAUGGCCCAUCCAUCAACAUCACCUCCAAAAACCUGGCUCUGGGGAUAUUGGCCGUCAAUGCCACCACGUUCAAGAAGACGUCCUUCCGUGCCUUCAUACCUCCAAACACCUCUGAUCCACAGAUUGAUUUUGAGUCAGGGGCGGUCAACCCUUUAGCUCAGGUCACCCUCCCUGCAUCUCUGCUGCACACAGACUCUCUGAGCGAGUCCGACAGAUUGAGUCUGUCCAGGAUCAACUUCAUGUUCUUCAGCAGCACCAACUUCUUCCAGAAAGAGCAGGGCAAUCACUCUUUAAGCAGCUACGUUGUGGCGAGCAGCGUGGGGAACCUCUCUAUCAAAGGCCUGAAGGAUCCUGUGCAGAUCGAGAUCACUCACCUCCUUGGCAAGGUCUCCAAGAAUCCAGUUUGCAUGUUCUGGGACUUCAGCAUGAACAAUGGUGGUGGAGGUUGGAACAAAGAAGGCUGCAACGUGUCCAAGACCUCCACCAACAACAAAACUAUCUGUCUCUGUAACCACCUGACACACUUUGGCAUCCUCAUGGACAUAUCUGGAGCUAAUUCUCAAAUAGAUGCAAAGAACAAGAACAUUCUGACCUUCAUUACCUACAUCGGCUGCGGCGUCUCCGCCAUCUUCUCUGCUGCCACGCUGCUCACCUACAUCGCCUUCGAAAAACUUCGACGUGACUACCCGUCCAAGAUCCUGAUGAACCUCAGCGCGUCCUUACUGGGCCUGAAUAUGGUCUUCCUAUUGGAUGGCUGGCUGGCUAGUCUGGACAUCGAUUGGCUGUGCAAGUCUGUGGCUGUCUUCCUGCACUACUUCCUGCUGACCUCCUUCACCUGGAUGGGGUUGGAGUCCAUCCACAUGUACAUUGCUCUGGUCAAGGUCUUCAACACCUACAUACGCCGAUACAUCCUUAAGUUCUGCAUCGUCGGAUGGGGUUUCCCUGCAGUGCUGGUAGGGAUUGUCGUCGCAGUGGAUUCAGAGUUUUAUGAGGUGCAGGGGUACGGCAAAGACAACUCAUCAGAGGGAUCGUCAUUCUGUUGGAUCCAGAAGCCUGUCAUCUUCUACACCACCUGCGUCGGUUACUUCUGCGUGAUGUUUCUGUUGAACGUGGCCAUGUUCAUCGUGGUGAUGCUGCAGAUCUGCGGCCGCAACGGCAAACGCAGUAACCGCACGCUGCGAGAGGAGGUUCUGAGAAACCUGCGGAGCGCCAUCAGCCUCACCUUCCUGCUCGGUAUGACGUGGGGUUUCGCUCUGUUCUCCUGGGGCCCCGUCCAGUUGGCCUUCAUUUACCUCUUUACCAUCUUCAACUCACUGCAAGGUCUGUUCAUAUUCAUCUUCCACUGCGCGCUGAAAGAAAACGUCCAGAAGCAGUGGAGGAGAUACUUCUGCUGCGGCCGAUUCAAGCUGUCAGACAACUCAGACUGGAGUAAGACAGCCACCAACAACACCAAGAAGGUGAGCUCAGACAACCUGGGCAAGUCUCUGUCCUCCAGCUCUUUCGGCUCCAGCACGGCCAACUGGACGUCCAAAGCUAAAGCUACACUCAACCCCUUCAGCAAACGACACAGUAACACAGACAAAUGUUUCUCCAACCAGUCCAGCCCAAAGUGUGUCUCCUCGUCCUCGUCCUCUUCAGAGGUAGAGCCCAACUCCUCCUCCUCCUCAUCCUCCAUCCUCCCUGUCAGCCAGAUGAUUGAUAAGAUGAAAGGUUACUGCUCCACACGCUCUGACAACUUCUACAAGAACAUCAUCAUGUCUGACAGCUUCGCCCACAGCACCAGGUUCUAGAACUCUCUUCAUUGUUCUGGGGCAGAUGUUCUGGAAUCCCCCAGUGUUUUGGAACUGCUCAUCCUGCCGACAGCUUCAAUGAUAGAGAAGGUUUCUGUUAAAGGUUCCGAUGUGAAGGGCAACAAUGGAAUCUGCCUUGCCAUUCUGGAACUUCCCACAACAUUAUUGAAGGCUUUGCUUUUGAACCAGCACCAAACGCUUUAGAACCUUUUCAUAUUCUGGAACAACUCUCGAACUUUCCUACAGCCUCACCCACAGAGAAGGGUUCUAGAAUUCCAUAGGCCAUUACCUCUCCCUGGAACUCUCUGAGCCUCAGCCGUUGAGAAUCCACUGUUCUGGAACCUCCCCAGGCAUUCUCAAACUUUUUGCCAGCCUCAACCAGAAAGGAGAGUUUCUCCAAUCUGAAAUACCCUGACCAACAUUCUAGACCCAUUCUGGCCCUGUCCCAGCCAUGGAACAUGUUCUAGAACAUUUCUUCCCCUGUCAUCUAGAAUGCCUGCACCCUUUCCUGCCAUCCUCCCUUGCCCCUGCUUCACUUUUAAACUCAAUUUGUAAUUGUGUUUCAUCAUGUACAUUGUUGGCUGACAGCUGUUGUAGGAGCCCCAGUUCUAAUUCAAAUUUUAUUUGGACUAAUAAGCAAAACUUAAAGUUAAAAGUUAAAGUUGAGGUAAUCACGGACAGAGUCGCACAAUCUGUCUCCUAGAUAAUAAAGGGUGUUUAAGGGCUACAAGGUGGUCAGAGAACCUUGAUGCAAUUCUACUGUAUCAUAUCAAAUUACAGAAUCAGCUGACCUGGCUGCCAGACUGUGUAGCUAAGAGGAAAUGAAAGGGAGCUGAGGGGAGGGCAGAGAGGGUAGGAAAGGAUAAACACAAGGUGGAGAGGUAGAGAAGAGGAUAAAAAAAGUAGGCUGUUAUGUUUUGUUAUGUGUUUUUUAAUACUGUGAUGUUUGGUAAAACUGUCCUUUUGUGCAUGUGUGUGUGGAGCCAUAUCCUAUGUAAAUACUGGUGGUCUAUCUAUUCAAUGUGCCUUAUUCUUUAGUGUUAUAAUGUAUCUGGAUGGUUGCUUGUGUUCAUUCCUUCACAGGGUCCUGGAAGGGUCACGGAAGGGUCACUGCGAUUGUACAUACAAAGCCAAACAUUCUCCAGCUCCCUAUGCUGUGUAGGCACACACUCAACUGCCCUUUUCACCCCGGUGAGAAACAAGUCAUGUGUCAGAGAGAGCAGAAAUCACAUUGUGGAUGAAAUAGAACAGAACAGUUAAUUAAGGUGCUCUUUGGUGUAACUUCCAAACAGAAUUUAAGAUUAUUUGAACAUAUUUACAUCCGGUUAUUUCCCUGAAAAACAUGGUUGAUAUCCCUAACUAUGGUGGUUUGAAGAUAAAUGAUAAAAAAAAGAUGAUGCCAGUGGCCACUGAAGCUCAGCUCCUUGUGCAGCCAAAGUUCAACAGUCGUAGAAGCAACACUGAUGAACAGCUUGACUGGCCAGGUGAGGGAGUUUGUUUAUGUUCAAAUCUGUUAUUCAGCAAAAAAGAUAUCCCGAAGAAGGCAGUCGUCAUGCAGCUGCCAGGAUGGGUCCAGAAAGGAUCAGUCCAUGCUAAAAAAAAAAAAAAAAGAAAAGAAAGAAAGAAAGAAAGAAAGCAUUUGCCCAGUUGGUGCCCAGCUUUUGGUUUUAUUCAGCUGGGUUCUGAGAAACCAACCAAAUACAAUGAAGGUAAAUACAUUUCCAAUCAUUCUGCUUAAAUAAUCAAAAAAUGACAUUUGUAAAAACAUUUGUAGAAGCAACAUGUGUGUCCAGGAACAAUGUCGUGAUUGUUUCAGAUGUUCUGCAGACCUCUCGAUGGAUAUUUUACAAGCUCUUUAGCUCGACAACAGUUCCCAGUGGAAUCUGUGGAGAGUGAGGUCUGUGGAUUGUCCUGAGUAAUCAGAGGGCUGUUUCUGGAUAGACACUUUGCUACAGAGUCUGUCAAAUGUCAUUUUCUUAGUUAUUUUAAUGGGAUGAGAGAGAGUCUGUUUAUGUCACAUGCACUGGGUGGUGGUGAGUAUUUAGAGCAGUGGAGAUGUAGAAACAAACAGAAGAAAAAAAAACUCUUUGCAUGGCUUGAUACCAUGGGCAAUAAGAAAGUUAAUCUUUAUUUUUAUGAUUUGGGUGAACUGACCCUUUAUUGAAAUUGCAUGUACUGUGGUCCAACUAGGAAGAGCUUUGUUAUUUUAUCAUUUAUUAAAAAUCAUCCAAUUUUGUCUGACAAAUAUUACAAAAGACUCACUCAGCACCAACAUGUCAGUAUCAGAUGUGUCUCCAUUAUUUCAGCAUUUUAUAAAACUGAUGCUACAGCAGGUUUACAUGUGGUUUCAGUUGUGGAAAGCCAUGAAAGUCAACACUUCAUGCUCUUCCUUAGACUUCAACCCAGCCUGUCAACAUCCUGCUGGUAAAUGUAUCGCUUUCCAUACAUUUGAAGCCAGAGGGAAUGGUUCCCCUAUGGAGUUCUGCAUGGACCAUUUCCUCACAUAUGUUCUCCAACUGCAACUGUAAAGUCCAAACUUGAAGUGAUGUGUAAACAAUAAUUUCCACCAGUUAUUAGCUGUGACUGGCUCAUGCAGAAUAUUUAGUCAUCAGUGAAGAAGUUUGGAAACCGCCCGUGACUGUGCCUGUUAAGGCUGCAGUUUGGCAGUUGUCUUUUACUAACUGAAGCAGGAUGGUGUGUCACUUGCUCUUGUAUCGUGGCUUGAACUGCUGUGGUGAAUUUACAGUUCCCUUUAAACCUCAUUUGAAUGAAAAAGUUAUGGUUUGUUAAAAUCACUUUUUUUUAGAAUUUCUUUAAAGUUCCUUGGAAAUGACUUUUAUAAUUUUCUACCAACCAUAGUGGAAGUAGAGGCAAACUUCUGAGACUGUCGUCUUUAUUUGGUCAGUUGUGUUGAGUUUAUAUGCAGCUGUUGAAAGAAAAGUUCAAUUUAAAGCCAAAUUCAUAGUUAUUCAUCAUUCAUAUAUUUAUUUCUGUACCUGACCUGCUCUAUAGUGAUUAAAGGCCUCUUCAAGUUCUACUAAUUUAGCAAGUAAUUGGCAUUAAUUAAUGGUCAGUGUGCCACUUACACUGUCUCUAAUUAGUGCAGUUAUUACAGUUCAGUCCUUGUACACCAGAAAGUCUUGCUGACAGAUGUGUAGGAUCAAACGCAAAACUUGCCAGGAAUUUUUUCUCUUAUAAUUAGUACCAAAUGACAUAGAUAUAUCCUCACAUGAGCCAGUAAAUUAAAGCGUGCAACAUAAUACUUUUAAAAUGAAAGCACAAUAUCUGGUGUUUUUGUGGUCAAAAGAAACUUUAAUUCCCAUCUGUAGGAUUAUUGAUGGAACUUUUGUGGCACUUGGCUGAACACUUAGUUAACCUUUCUGUGGCCAUAAAAGAUUAAUUAAUUGUGAUUAAUCAUUUGUGUCAAUCGGAGUAAUUAUGUGGUGGUGAUUUGUCACCACUAUAAAGAUGUUUUUUGAAUCCUUUGAAAUGGGAAAACACAGCAUCCAUUCACUUCAACAUGAUUUCUGUGGUAUUUAGUUGAGAAGAUUUCUGUUUAACUUGUUUUGUUUCACCUGUUGUUGUCAGAAAUGCACAGUUGAACAUGUUUUGCUCAUUUUGAAUUUUGUCUUUUUUUAUCGUUCGUUAUCUUCCACAAGCUUCAGAGCAAACCUGACGUGUUUUCUCCGUGCUAUACUCUUAUUUAUUUUCUGGAUGUACAGUUUCUCUGUCGUUAAAUCUCUGUUUAAACAGACAAUCAUCUGUAGUGAGUGGUGAAAAUGUGACAGACAAACACAGAGCCCUGUCUGAAAUCUUUUAAGGAUCCAGGCAUGAGUUUUAGACUCUGGAUCUUUGGACUUCGCCUCAUCAACUGUUGGCUCCACUGACUUCCACUGUCCACACGGAGCCAACGGUGUUCAGCACUAAAGUUGUGUAGUGAAGCACGCAUUGUACCGACCAACAGGCACCUUGGCCCAUGAUUCUCUUUUCUUUUGCCCAGAGUGGUGGGAGAAUGUAUUAUUCAGCCCUCACAAACAAACCCCCAGAGACCUGAAAGACCAGAUGAAGCCCCUUUGGCAGCUCCAGUGGCACAGAUCAGUUAUUCUCUCAGUUACUGGCCUGAGUUCAGCCUCAGGAUGGAAUAGAUAGUUCCUGUUUUUUCUACUGGCCUGAGAAACUGUUAUAUACAGUACUAAAUGAAGGACAACAGAAGAUGAAAUCCCCUAAAUGAAAAAAACUGUUGUCAUUGGGCUGCUGACGUUGGGGUUGCCAUUUUGUCUUUGUAGGCACCGGCUAGAAUUGUUCAUGACAAGUAUCACAGAUGAUCCUGCACAGUUUAAUCUGGAGAACACAGCAAAACACAGCCUGAACAGUAGGAAACAACAGCUCUUUCACUGGUGUGAUCACCACUCAGAGGGAAGUUAGACAUUAGGGAACACAUAAAGUGGGCUCAUUUAUUCCAAUUCAGUUUCUUCUUACUGCUAACACCAACAUUGCUGUUUCUGGUGUUUGUGCCUGAAUCCCAUUUUACAUUUUUCUGGUAGUUGCUGCUCACUCGACAGACAUGCAGCAGCUUCUACAAGCCACAGAGUUACAUAAAACCAAAAAAUCAUAUGACGAGAGUGUAUUUAGAAAACGGUUCAUCCUGAAUGAACUGUCUAGACAGCAUGGUUCUCCAUUGUCCUCUAAACCAACAAAUAUGUCUGUCUAUCAUGUGGCUUCUGUCUCCUCUUACAUGUCGUAUGUACAGUUCCAAUUAAUUUAAAUAUUUCUCUAGUAACUCUGACCUAUGUCUAGUUGAAUAUUGUACCAAAUGCAGACUUUUCAAUGAGGAUUGUAAUUGAUCUUGGCUUUCACUGUUGUUUGGUAUUUGUAUUAUUAUUAUUAUUAUUAUCAUGUAAACACUUUUCUGCACCAGUGAUAUUGUUGUAUGGUUUGUCAGUGAUGUUAUUAUCUGGAAGCUCACUUCAGCAUCUCGACAUUAAAGGGAAUUAAAAGUU